GAUGAGUAGGGAGAGUAGUAGUUGGUUUGGUUAGUUGAGUGGCUUGGUAGUUAAAAGACAAAUGUUUAUUCUUUUCUCCUUUAGUUAUCCCUUUGUCUGUGUGUCAACGCUUUUGUCUGUCUUUGUGCUUGUUUUGUCAAAAAAGAGUUGCCACUAAAUCACUGCCACUUUAAUUCCCCAUUCUUUUGGCUCUUUAACUUUUGUAAUUGAAAGCAGAGCAGAGCAGAGCUGAGUCUGUGUUGAUGGGUUUUUGCUAAUUAAGUAAUUAGGAUGGUGAGAAAACAUGGAUGGCAACUCCCUGCUCACACUUUUCAGGUUUUCAGACUGCCCCUUUCAUUUCCAUGAAACCUGUGUUGUGGGGAGACACUGUAGCCACAGUCUCUUCCAGAUCAUUGCUUCUCACUAAUUCUGUGAGAUUGUAUAUGCUGCUCACCAUGCUAUAAAGUUGUUGCAAUUACUGUAUUUUGCUUAUUAGUGAUUGCAUUCUAUGCUUUCUUUGCCCCUUUCCUUGGAGGCCGCAUCUGGGAGUACGCGCUGAUUGGCACCUAUUCUCCAGUGGUACUUCUUGUUUUUAUUCUUUAUGUCCGUUGCACUGCUAUUAAUCCUGCAGAUCCUGGCAUUAUGCAUAAGUUCAGCACAGAAUUAAGGAAGAAUCCUAGCAAGGAUAAUGGUUUAUCAGAGAAAGAUUUACCUAAAAGAUAUCAUGAAACUGGUAGUAUGGCGCAUUCUUCUCCAUCAUCAGCUUCUAGAAGUUCUCUUGCUGCAGCCAAUUCUAGUAAGAGAAGCUCAGUUAGAGAAAUUGGGACCAUAGAAUUCGCUGGUGAAAAGUUAACCAGAAAAUCCUGUUAUAACUUUGGAGGAAUCUUCUGUGCUUUGUUUGUUCUUGAAGAUUGCCGCAAGCAGGACAGUGCAGCUGAGGAACAGGUCCCGGAAGAUGCUUUGUUCUGUACAUUGUGCAAUGCUGAGGUACGCAGAUUCAGCAAGCACUGCCGAAGCUGUGAUAAAUGUGUUGAUGGUUUCGAUCACCAUUGUCGGUGGCUCAACAAUUGUGUUGGGUACAGAAAUUAUGUGACUUUUAUUUCUCUUAUGGGCAUUAGUCUUAUUUGGCUCGUACUUGAAGCUGGAGUUGGGAUUGCUGUCUUAGUCCGUUGCUUUGUCAAUAAAAAAAGCAUGAACGCUGAAAUUGUUGACACACUAGGAAAUGGUUUCUCUCGAGCUCCUUUUGCUACAGUCGUGGCGGUUUGUACUGCGGUAUCACUUCUAGCAUGUUUACCUCUGGGUGAACUCUUCUUUUUCCACAUGAUAUUAAUCAAAAAGGGUAUCACAACUUAUGAAUAUGUUGUGGCAAUGAGAGCAAUGAGUGAGGCUCCUGCUGGAGCAUCUGUGGACGAGGAACUGCCAAAUGUGCUGUAUUCACCUACAGGAUCUGCUACUACAGGCUUCAGUGGCGGAAGUUCACUUGGCCUGCAGUACAAGGGAGCAUGGUGUACCCCUCCUAGGGUAUUUGUGGAUUAUCAGGAUGAAGUUAUACCACACUUGGAGCCUGGGAUGGUCCCAUCAACUAUUGAUCCAGAUGCAGCCGGAGCUGCAGAGAGAGGGAACAAGCUACCGAAAAGGCCUGUACGAAUUAGUGCUUGGAAACUUGCAAAGUUGGAUUCAACGGAGGCUGUGAGAGCAGCAGCCAAAGCCAGGGCAUCUUCCUCAGUUUUAAGGCCUGUUGACAACCGUCAUUUAACAGAUCCUGAAUAUAGUAGCUCUAGGAGUAGUGUGAGUACUGAGAUGGGUGCAAACAAAGAGAUUAAGAAUGAGGUGAGAUUAUCAAAUCUAGCAAACUCUGUUGCUCCAAGUCAAGGCAGCAGAGAUGAUUAUGAAACUGGGACUCAAAGUGUCAGUAGCUUCAGCAGCCCGAGCCACAUUCAGGAGUCGGUCACACUUAGCCCUCUUCCGCAACCUCAAGGUCUAGGCCGUUUUAGUGCAGGAACCUCACUCCCCGGAUUUACUUCUGAGCAUUCUAUAGCUUUGAAGGCACCUACUCUUGCUGGAAAGAACCCUCUAUCAGGAAUUGAUGAAAGAGUUAAAAAGAACCCUCCAUCAGGAAUUGAUGAAAAAGUUGCGCAGAGAGGAACCAGUAGUGAUCCAUUAUUUGGUUCAGCACCAGCUACCUCUCUUCUUCGAGACGUCAAGAGGACAUCUGUUGUUUGGGACCAAGACGCUGGCAGGUAUGUAUCGAUCCCUGUGUCAGCUUCUGAAGCUAGAAACAGAUCGACAAUGCACAUAGGAUUGCCAAAAACUAGUGCAGAAAUGAGCAACCACCCGCCACAAUUAUCGUCAACUAAGGGUCCAGGGCAUCAAGUUGAUAAAUUGAUGUACUCAGGGGACUCUAUUUUCUUUGGCGGACCACUCAUGAGCAUGCCUGUCAGGGACGGUUUAAGAAGUGAAGGAGAUUCAGGUCCAAGAGAGAAUAGAUUCAGAAGAGACUCUGCCUCAAACCAACUCCCUGUGUUUGCUCCUUCUGCGUCCGGUUUAAGGAAAAGUUAAGAUUUGUUUUUGUUUUUUUUUGGUGGAAUGAAAUAUUUGGAGGCUGAAGAAGAAACCUGUAAUUGGAGCAGCUCAGGAACCUUGCAAUUUUGAUUGGUUGUAAAUGUUUUGCGAGGUUCAAGUGGUUUCUUCUUUGAAUGAAAAUCUAACUCUCCAUCUUCCACAAUGUACCCCAACCAACUGCUGAUGACCCAUUCUGCCUUUUGCUUGGUGUUGGAAUGCAUGCAUGCCUAUGCUCUAGCUUACCCUUUA